AUGGACAAGGGGAAAGCUCAUGUGGCCGCUGACUACGAGGACUAUGUAGCAGAAGAGGAGGAGGUCAUCGACCUGACGCAGGAACCAUUUCGUGCAGGAGAUGAGGGGCAGCAGUCGCACUACUUCGAGGACCCAUCUGUACCGCCCGAUGACGAAAAGGUCAUGAACGGCUCGUUUGACGCGGACGACGACUUUCUUAGCUCCCUCGACGUCGAUGCCAUGAGAUUCUACUUUGCUGCAUUAACAGGUGAACCAGCACAAAGGACAGGCCACGACUACCACCUCGGCUUCACCAGCCCUAACCAGGGCGUCUCGGGCGUCGAGUUCCUCGAAGGCAAUAGCAUCAGAUGA